AUGCGUCUGGACGAGGGCUUGUUCACGGACGCGCUCGAGCUCUCGAGGGUCUCCCAACUCGCGCUGCGAACGUUGGAGAAAGCCAAGAGCGAGGCGGAGAGCGUCUCCAACUUGCACCGCGCGUUCGUCGCGAACAUCUCGCACGAGCUCCGAACGCCGCUGAACUCGAUCAUCGCGUUCAACUCGAUGCUUCUGGAGGACGAGACGUUGUCCGAGGCGCAGAGGGAGUUCGUCUCGAGCGCCAUCGUCAGCGCGGAGGCGCUCCUGGGCAUCAUCGGGCAGAUCCUCGACUUCGCUAAGCUCGAGUCCGGCAGCGACACGCACCAGGAGCUCGUCGUUGAAAACUUCGAGGUGCGCGCGUUCUCCUUCACGCCGGCGAAUAAGAACCAGGUGGAGAUGGUCGUCGACGUCGACCCCUCGUUGGACGGCGUCGUCCUUCGCGGGGAUAAAUUCCGACUGCGACAGGCGCUCAUCAACGUGACGAACAACUCGAUCAAGUUCACGCGCGAGGGCGGCGAGGUUCGCGUCACGGCGCCCGGCGUGGGCGGGGUUGCGGGCGAACGUAACCACCCGCGAAUGUCCAUCACGUGCCACGUCGUGGACGACGGCAUCGGCAUCCCGGACGAUAAGCUCGGCGUCGUCUUCAUGCCGUUCGGGCAGGCGAGCAUAGGAAGCACGCGCGAGUACGGCGGCACCGGGCUGGGCCUCGCGAUCACGUCGAACAUCAUGCACGCGUUGGGUGGCUCGAUCGAGUGUGCGUCGACGUUGGGGCGCGGCACGACGAUGACGCUGAAGCUCUCGCUGGAA